AUGCUGUCAAUAACUAUUUUAUUCUUCGCCCUAGCUACAGUAAUCCUUGGUUUUGAGGAAUUUGCCGAGCCGAUACAAUUGGCGGAGCCGAAUAAGGAUGGCGUCUACGAGUUCACCCUCGUCGUCGACAGCAAGCUGACGAUGAGCUACGAUCGAGAAGUUUUCAACUAUAAGACCCCUGUGGACUAUGAUCCGGAUGCGCGCAAAUUCACGUCUCGAAACACUACCGCAGGAUCGGAGUGCCAGGCAUCGAUCGACAAAGUUCCAUUUGAAUUCGGGGAAACUCAGAAUUUUGUGGGAAAGUUGAGCGACAUCAUCAUGGCCGACGGGUUGCAUCGAAGAAUUGUGGCGAUUAAUGGAAAGAGCCCCGGCCCCCUCCUCGUCGUCCCCUUCAAUGCCGAGGUCCACCUCAUCGUCCACAACAUGCUCUACCUCGAGAGCUUUAGCAUCCACGUCCAUGGAAUUGAUAAGAAGGGCCAAUGGUACGAGGACGGUGUCGCCUUCAUACAGCAGUGUCCGAUUCAGACGGGUGGAACCUAUGAGUACCGCUUUAUCGCCGAUCGUUCCGGGACCCACUGGUGGCACGGCCAUCUGCAGAUGGACCGAGGGGAUGGGCUGCUUGGGGGAUUUGUCGUGCUACCGGAGAAUCGCACUGUUCCGACCGCCGGUGGAACACGCGUGCUACCGAAAAGGGAGUACUACAUGAUCUUGCAGGAUUACGUUCGUCAAAUGCCGCAGAAGGAACGCGUGAAAAUGGUGUUCGAAGAUACGACCAAGUGGUACUACGGAUUCCAGGACCCAAAGCAAUGCUUCGAUGGACUGAGGAUGAGCGAUGGAUCCAACGUCGGAGCUGCUUCUCCAUUCGACACGAUUCUAAUCAACGACAAGGGCUGGUACAACGAUAAAGACAUUAAGCAGAGACCUGAAAUGCUGAAGCUUGAGACGUUCCGGAUUAAGAAAGGCGAAACCCUGCUCUUCCGAAUCGUUAACGGUGCUGCCAACACUAACUUCAUGAUUCACAUCCGGGGCCAUCAGAUGACGCUCGUGGGCGCAGAUGGCAACGAAAUGCAGCCGAUUACGGCCGACAAAUUCAUCAUUAUGCCGGGGGAGCGGUACGAUUUCGUGACCAAAGGACUGGACAACCCAACGCAAAAAGUCUACUAUCUCCAAGUGGAAACGCUACAGUACCUCCACGGAACGAAGAUCGACAAGGCCGGAUUGCAAUACGGGUUGGGAAGAAUUUACUACGAAGAUGAGGAGGAUAGAGAAAUCGUCCCCGAAUCUCCGGCCAAAUUUCUGCACCCAGAAUGCACGAAAGCCAAAAAGUGCAAGGUCUACAACUGCCCAUUUAAAGUAUUCCCGCCUGGAGAACGAUUUGAGUGCAUACCCUUUUCCGCGCUCCGUUCCCCAUCAAAGCCGACAGAUCCGGAAAUUGUGAAAGACACGAACUUUGAUCAGGGCUUUGAGGAACACUUUGUCAAUAUGCAAUUCGAUACGAACGUCAAUGGCUGGAGCUUCAAGAUGCCGAAAGGCAUGCCGUAUUUCCACGAGCAGGAUUUGUACGACAUUGCCACGCCUUGUAAUCAGACACUCUGCGCAAACGCUCCUCGCCACGAUUUGCGCUGCCGGUGCUUCUUUCACCUGCGACAGAAACUGGGGAACAUAAUUCAGUUGACGCUCUACAACAUGCACGCAACGCUAGGAUUGGCUGCUCAUCCGAUUCAUAUCCAUGGGCAUCAUGUCAAUAUUAUGAAGAUGGGAUGGCCAAAAACCAACUCAACCGGCCAAGUCGUUGGGAUGAAUGAGGAUUUGAACUGCUCGGCGCCGUUCAUCAAUAACGGCGACAAGGUGCUGAACUACUGCAACAGCCUGGAGUGGGCCAACAAGACGUUGGCUCAACGGGGCGGUGCCCGGCAUGAAUACCUUGGUGGAUACGUGGUGCUGAGGUAUCGAGCAAUCAACCCCGGCUGGUGGUUCCUCCACUGUCACCUCGAGCUCCACGCCAGUUCCGGCUCAGCCUUUGCCUUCAAAAUUGGGGACGAUUCUCAGAUCCCGAAGCCCCCAGCGACUUUCCCGCAUGAUUGUGGGCUUUAUCGGAAUCCGGAGAUUUCUCAAUUGGCCCGAGACUUUCGCGACGGGAAGCCGAUCUAUUUCGGGGAUGAAGACGAUUGGAGGAGACAAGUCGUCUGGAGGCGAGAGCCAAAAAGCUACCGACCGCCUCCUACUCCUGAAGAGAAGCUGGAGACCGAGCUCCGCCAGCGACGUGACCACCAAGUCAAGGUCUACGCGAAAUUCCUCAAGGACACAGUCGCUGUUCACGGCACCAAGCCAACGGUUUUUGAAUCAUGCACGCAAAUGUGGAAUACGAUUCGUGAAGAGCUCGAGCACAGAAUUGCGCUGAAGACGACGCCGAGUCGGAUUGACGAAGAGCUGAGGCUGUUCGACGAGGCUUGUGAUGCGCUUCUUCGCGUCAAGUUCGGCAAGGGAAUGCCG